AUGAAAGCCGCAUCGCCUAUUCCAGGUUUGCCGUUCGAAAUUGUUUUGGCUAUAGUUGGGGUAAUUCAGGAUGUCUCUACUCUAAGUGCCGUGUCCCAGACUUGUCACGAUCUGUACGAGGCGGCGUCACCGCUGCUGUACCGAAAUGGACUAGCCAGAGACGACACGGAAGUUCAGAGUAGCAUCAAUAUCCACACAAACUACGACAUUGAGGAAACUCCCCGCGACUAUACGCUGAAGCCUUACGCAAAUCCUAUCGUUCUCUGGGCGGCAGCUGCAGAUCCCGUCGUUGGCCUGCCGGUUCUUGAGAAGGUUUUGUCCCUUCGACCUUUGCAUUUGUGGGCGACAUUCCACCUCCCUGGGCACACCUGUGAACCACAUUGGCCCUGGACUACCAACACAGAAGAGCCAUUGUCAGCUGGUCGUAUCACGUCAUUGCACGUCGCUGCCUCGGUGGGAAAUUUUGCAGCCGUUUAUUGGCUGUUAGAAGACCAUCUUUCGCGAAGUACGCUCGGUCUCGAAGUCACAGCCACUUAUGCUUGCAUGUGCCCAUCUUCUCACCUGAAUAUUUUACGACAAAACCAUGGGCUCCUUGAUGCAGAAGACUGCCCCGACGCCACCCCUCUUCAUCUAGCGCUGGCGCAUGGACAUAUUGAUGUGGCUAGAUUAUUGAUCCUUUGCGGUGCCAAUUGGUCUGGAUUUACGGACGGCUGUCAUGGUGUGACAGGCUUGAUGAUGAUUGCCUCGAAUGGUCAGGUGGAACUUUUGAAGUGGCUGUUUGACAAUGGGCUGCUCACCAAGCAGGCUGUGGAGCACGAAGACAAUAUGGGUUUCACCGCCGAAGACUACGUCUGUAGUUGCGACAGCGAAGUAGAGAGGGGUGUGAUGAAAUCUUGGUUAACCGAAAUAAGGACAGGACUUAAGAUUGAUAUGUCUUUAGACGUUUCAUGCGGCAUAUCAGAUUUGUUCUUGGGCAAAGACGAAAGCUCGCCAACGCAAAAGAGCAUGACAAGUCCCGAAGGCCUCGUUGAUUAG